GGAAAAAGCAGUUGUCAUACGUCACACCCAGUGAAUAUCGUCAAUAUUAAUUAAUUAGCUUAAGGUUAUAUCGGUGUUUCAGAAAACUUGGCAUAUUUGCUGAAGUGAUACCGGUUACUCAAAUAGUUAUAAAAUGGAACCUAUGACCCUGGGAAGUCCAACACAUUCUCCAUCAGGCAGCCCCAAUGUGGGGUAUUUGCCACCUUUUCUUCUGGGAGAAAUCAAUCCACCGGCUACUCCCAGAACUAACAGUCUAUCACCAACUAAAGGUCGAAGCCUAGCGUUUGGCUCACCAACAAGUCCUCAAACCUCAACUCCAGACCAGAAGAACUACCGCCAGAACUUUUCAAUGCAUCAACAAGCCAUUUACAACCAACAAAAUAUGUUUUCAAACAUUCCUGCAUCUCCCAAUGUAUCAUCAUAUUCAAACAAGCCAAAUGGCCCGCCCAUAGAAGACUUGUUUGAUACAAUCAAGAGUAAUGAGCAGACAAUGAAUAAAUCUGCAUUCCAAGAUCACAGCUUUAUGGGUUAUGGAAACAAUAAUUCUUUACUUCAGAACUCAUAUGUGAACAACCAGUCUCUGCAAUCACCGUGGCAGGAAAGUUGCCAUGAACAAGAUGAACAUUGGAUCACAGUUUUUGGUUUUCCUCCCAAUGCUGCCAAUACUGUUUUAGCUAGAUUUAGCAACUGCGGUGCCAUAUUAGAUAAGCAAUAUCCAACUCAAGGCAACUGGGCCCACAUAAGAUAUGCGACACGGGCGGAGAAGGAGCGAGCCAUGGCGCUGAACGGGCGGCAGGUGCUGCCAGGGGUCAUGGUGGGGGUGGUGGAGUGCCAGGAGCCUCCGCGCAUCACUGUUGCUAGUCCCGGAAUUAUUACAUCACCAGAAAGGCCUACGACUGGAGCGAGGUCGCUCUGCCCCACGCCGCUGCCGGCGGCGCCGCUCCCCCAGAGGUCCAACGGCAUCAUCUCCAAGGCUCUAGACUACGUCCUCGGCUGGUGACAUAAGUUCCUCGUUAGUCAUUGAUUACUACAAUAUGAAAGUGCUAGAAAAUACCUGGAUCACAAGUGUGAAUUGAUGAUUAAUAUAGUGCAUGAAUUGAUUUAUUGAUGUAAAUCUACUCAAUUGAAUUUUUAUAAGACUUUGUCCAUACAAACAUUUACUUCAAGAGCAAAAUAUACAAAUUAUGAUUGCA